AUGUCUGUGGUGAAGUCGAUCGAAUUAGUGUUGCCCAAGGAUGCAGUCUACCUAGCCGGCUCCAGCAUAAAAGGGCAGGUGGUUCUAAUCCUGAACAGCACCCUGGUGGACCCUAUUGUGAAGGUGGAGCUCGUGGGAAGGGGUUAUGUGGAGUGGAAUGAAGAAAUCGGGGCAUCCCGUGAUUAUAGUAGAGAUGUUAUUUGCAACAACAAGGCCGACUAUGUGCACAAGAUGAAGACAUUCCCAGUAGAGGAUAAUUGGUUAAGUGCAGGCAGCCACACCUUUGACUUCCAUUUCAGCUUACCUCCCAGGCUUCCUUCUACCUUCGCCAGCAAAAUUGGCCACGUCUUCUACUUCGUGCAAGCCUCCUGCAUGGGCCGGGAGCAUAUUCUGGCGAAGAAGAGAAUGUACUUGUUGGUUCAAGGGACUUCGGAUUUCCACAAAGAAAACCCAUUGCAGAACCCUCUGUUGGUGGAGGCUGAGAAGAAGGUCUCCUACAACUGCUGCAGCCAGGGCACCAUCUGCCUCCAAAUCCAGAUGGAAAAGAACACUUUUACGCCAGGGGAGAGGGUCAUUUUCACCACGGAGAUCCACAACCAGACCAGCAAGUGCAUCAAGACGGUCACCUUCGCCCUCUACAUCCACGUGCAAUAUGAGGGCUUCACCCCCAGUGCGGAGCGGCGGUCUCGGGUGGACAGCAGUGAACUGCUCCGGCAGGAGGCCAACACUCAGAUCACGCCCUUCAACACCACCAAGAUCGUCAGCACCCUCAAUCUCCCGCAGGUGCUGUCCGUGAGCAGCGGCAUGCGGGACGGCGAGAUCAUGAGUACCCACUACGAGCUGGUCAGCACGGUCCACCUGCCUUGGUCCCUGACCAGUGUGAAGGCCAAGGUUCCCAUCAUCAUCACCAGUGCCCCUGUGGACCCAGACAGCUGCCCACGGCUGGAGGGGGCAGCAUCUCCCGAGAGCCAGGAGUGCCAGAAUUAAGUGCCCAAACUUCUAAAUAUUAAAAGCUUUAUCAG